GAACCUGUUAAGCCAGUUGAAGAACCACCUACCUUCCUGAAGCCACUGGAACCCAUUGAGGUUAAGGAUGGUGAAGAUGUCGUUCUGGAGGCCAUUGUCAUGGGCAACCCUCAGCCAGAGGUCACAUGGUUCAAGGACAACAUCUGUAUUGACAAAAGUCCAGAUCAUGUUAUUGUGUAUGAUAAAUACACAGGAAUAACAAGACUGACUAUUCCACAGUCUAUUCCAGAGGAUUCAGGUAUUUACAAAUGUGUAGCCACCAAUCCUGUUGGAAAGGCUGUUUGUGAGGCUUCACUAACUGUAAAGGAGCCCCCUAAAGAACCAGUGACAAUGGUGGAAACCAAAACUGUUUCACUAACUCAAAAGAAACCAGAACCAAUCAAGGAAGCAAUCCCCGAGCCAGUUAAAGAGCCAGUGAAAGAGGCUCCACCUGCGAGAAAACCAGAGCCUGUGAAAGAGCCUAGCCCUGAAUCAAUUGAAGUUGAAGAUGAGGCUAAACGCAUCUUGGAGGUAUUAUCCAAAGCUGUUGACCAGCCACCUAAAUUUACUGAACCCAUUCAACCGCAAGUUGUAGUUGAUGGAGAUGAAGUGAUUAUGAAGUGUGUGGUCACAGGCUCUCCAAUGCCUGAAGUUACAUGGUACAAAGAUGACCAACUGAUAGAGGACUCCCCUCCUGAUUUUGAGAUUACAUACAAUAAAACAACUGGAGAGAGUGUGUGUAGGAUCUGUGAUGUGAUGCCUGAUGAUGAAGGUGUAUAUUCAGUCAAAGCUACUAACCCAGUAGGAGUUGCCAAAGUAACAGCUAACCUGGUUGUAAGAU